CCCUGUAGAGAGUCUUUGGUAGUGCACAGCACACUAGUUCACUGGUGUUGUUGGUCCAUUUGUGAACAGUAAGCAGAAAUCAUGCCUCUGAAGAGAGUUGUGAUUGUUCCAGGCAAUGGUGCAGGGGACGUGGUGCACUGUAACUGGUAUGGAUGGGCCCAUAAGCAGAUUAAUAAGAUUCCAGGUUUGUCCAGCCAUUUGAAGAACAUGCCAGACCCAGUGACUGCCAGGGAGAGCAUAUGGCUGCCCUUUAUGGAGAAUGACCUGCUGUGUGAUGAAGAAACAGUGAUCAUUGGUCACAGCUCUGGAGCUGCUGCAGCUAUGAGAUAUGGUGAGACGCACAAGGUAUUUGGUAUCAUUCUGGUGGGAGCCUACACCUCAGACCUGGGAGAUGAGAAUGAGAGAGAGAGUGGGUAUUUCAGCCGGCCGUGGGAAUGGGAGAAGAUCAGAGCAAACGUGAAGCAUAUCGUUCAGUUCGGAUCAACAGAUGAUCCUUUCCUACCCUGGGAGGAGCAGCAGGAAGUAGCUGAUGGACUGAAGGCAGAGCUUCACAAAUACACAGACCGUGGACAUUUUCAAAACACACACUUCCCAGAGCUCAUCAAUGCUGUCCAGAAACUGACAAAAGCUGAAUGAGGGGUUGAAAGGGUGGCAUUUCCAACAACAAUGGUGGUAAGGGGUCUAACAACGAACCUUACAUACUGUCUCCUUGUAUUCAUCAGUUAUAUUCAGACACAGCCUUCAAGUCUCUUCUAAGGUGGCCCAGGAUUACCAGUUUUCCUGGAAACUUGUGUCAGGAUGGAAGACAGAGAAGUGAAUUCCAGUCUGAGAGAAGUGAGGGACACACCCACAAACCUUAAAUCACUCAGUUUAUUAUUAAAUGUUAAGCUUAUGAUUACAAUAACUAUAAAGCAUUCUGUAAAUGUUGGGGCUUUUAUUUUAUUUUGAUAAAGUAUUUUCAGAUUCAUAAACUCAGUAAAAUCAUAUAUGCCAGUAGUUAAACACUUUCUUGAUAAUAAUAGCCUUCCAAAUAUCCUGAAACGUUUUUCUGGUCAUGCAAACACCUCAGCUAAAAAAACUAAUCUUACUUUCUUACACAACAAGUGGACCAAAAGGAAUGCUCCAAA